AUGUUUGGCAGCAAUUCUAACCACUCAGCGGGAAACAAAUCCGAGAGCGAUUCGAAAUCCGAUAAAUCUCCUUCUCCCGAGCCGGGCUCGGGCCCUAGCGCUCCAGCUCCUAUCAGGUCAACUGAUCAGGCCGCGAGCGGUGAAAAGCGUAGUGGAAAUGGAAGUCCUCCAACUCGCCAGGAUAUUGGCGGCCCGAACGACAAGAAACGCAGAAGUAGUAGCGUCAGUAGCCGCGCCAGUAGUCUUCUAGCCUCGGCCAAAAACUCGCUCAACUUCUCUCAGAGCAGUCGCAGCGGAGGCUCUGAUGCGAGUUCUCAAACACCUAUUCAGAAGCUUGGCAAGCAAGAUCCUGCUCUCGCUGUGCCUCAAGGCCAACACAACAAUUCUGCCGGAGAGUCCGCGCCAGGACCCAAAUCUACAUUUCGUGUUGGCGUUUGGGAAGAUAGGAACAAGAAAUGCCGUCGCACUAUGGAAGACACACAUGCCUUUCUGUACAACUUUGCGCAGACUCCAGCUCUGAAUGACGCAUCUGCAAAGGACAAGUCUACCAAAGACGACCAGGAAUUGGGUACCUCAGAUAUGGUGGAGUCUGACAACGGAUAUUUCGCUAUUUUUGAUGGACAUGCUGGUUCAUUUGCUGCCGACUGGUGCGGCAAAAAGCUGCAUAUCAUUCUCGAGGAUAUCAUACGCAAAAACCCAAACGCUUUGAUUCCAGAGGUUUUGGACCAGGCUUUCACAGCCGCGGAUGCUCAGCUUGAGAAGCUUCCGUUGAAGAACAGCGGUUGCACCGCAGCCGUUGCGGUUUUGCGCUGGGAGGACCGAGCAUCGAAUGAUCGAUCAGCCAUCAAAUCCGCCAGGCCUGAAGAGCCUGUUGAAAUGGACAAGGCUAACGAUGGGGCGCUCGACGAAGCCACUAAUGCAACCACUUCGAAAGGAAAGGGCAAUGCCCGCCAGCGAGUAUUGUAUACCGCGAACGUUGGUGAUGCUCGUAUUAUUCUUUGCCGAGGUGGGAAGGCUUUGAGGCUUUCCUACGAUCACAAGGGUAGUGAUGAAGUAGAAGGCAAACGAAUUGCCGCCGCCGGAGGGUUGAUUCUUAACAAUCGCGUCAACGGCGUCCUUGCCGUAACUCGUGCCCUUGGCGAUGCUUACAUGAAAAAGCUCGUCACAGGCCACCCAUACACCACUGAGACAGUUAUCCAACCUGAUAGUGAUGAGUUUAUGAUUAUUGCUUGUGAUGGAAUUUGGGAUGUAUGUAGCGACCAAGAAGCUGUUGAUCUUGUGCGCAAUGUCGAGGAUCCCAUCUCAGCCUCGAAGCAGUUGGUUGACUACGCACUGAAUCGCUUCAGCACCGACAACCUGUCUUGCAUGGUCGUCCGCCUGGACCAGAACAAGGAGGCUGCAGCUGAGGUGGAAGGUGCAGCGUCUCAGGUCAGUGAGGCAGACAAGAUUGUCAGCGAGACCAAACAAAAGAUUGCAGACGGCAGCGCGGCCGCCGUCGGUGUAUCAGCGAGCAGUAACGCACCCCAAUCCGACCCCCCUAUAGCUGUUCAGGAGGGUACUUUUGUGCCAACUUCGCUGGAUGAAGUGGUGACCGAGGAACCUCCCCAUGUUGCAGACCCCAAGUCUGAUGAGGUUCCUAUAUUGAAUAAAGCGGCAGUUGAGGAAGCCCGGAAAGACAAGCCGGCAGCAGAUAAGCCGGCUGAAGAAAAACCUCCUGGGCAGGCGUAA